AUGGCUUUCGUUAUUAAAUUUGUUGUGUUGAUCUUUAUCAUCCCUUUAACUGAACCAAAAAGAUGCUACGAUUGCGCGCCGGUGGCUCGAAGCGUCAACAACAACUGCGUAUGCGGAAAUUUUCAAGUCGGCGGACCGUUCGACUUGAAUCAAGCCUAUUUCUCGCAGACGAGAGAAAGUUGUCACGCGCAACUGAUUUGCAAUGGGGCCCCAAACAUGAUUGUUGGCGCGCAUAAGAAAAACGGCGACACGUACGGACUCGCGAAUCACCGAUGGGUCUAUUUGGAGCCGACGUGUCGCGAUUUCUUCAUCGACUUUGGCAUCCGAUGCAAUUACACUAGCCAACAAUGGCUCAUCACCAAGAUUCCGGUGAACACAGUGAGAUAUGAGAAGACCGGCGUUAUUGAAGAUUUCGUUCUACCCAUUCAGCUCACUUAUUUGGCGUGUAGUACUAAUUGA